CACUUCCAUUGAUGUCAAUCAUAGCCUAGAGGAUUCCGGCAACACCAAGAUAUUCUCUUCUCUAAAAUUCUCGCAUCAUCAUUCCUCAAAUUCUUCACCAGAUUUCUAACAAUGAGAGUGCAACCAUAAGACAGGAAGCGCUAAAGCAACUCAUGGAGGCUUCCAAGGAUUCAAACCAUUUGAUAUGGACAAAGCAUUUCAAUCAGAUUAUGAAAGUUUUCAUUGAGGUGUUGGACGAUCCUGAUUCUUCAACCAGGGAACUCACCUUGCAGUUAGUAGCUGACAUGGUGAACAAACAGAAAGAUGCCAUGGAAGAUUCUAUUGAACUUGUAAUCGAAAAGUUACUUAAUAUAGCAAAUGAUGCAGUUUCCAAGGUUUCUACUGAAGCAGAAAAAUGCUUAUCAUCGAUUUUAUUUGAAUAUGACCCUUUCAAAUGUCUUAGUGUUAUUGUAGCCCUUUUAUUCACUGAAGAUGAGAAAACUCUUAUUUUUUGCAUCAAGACAUUAACAAAGCUUGUCAAUCGGCUUUCUCAAGAGGAACUUCUGGCUCAGCUACCUUCAUUUUUACCUGUUCUUUUAUGUACAUUCCGGAAUCGAAGCGCUGAAGUUCGCAAGACUGUUGUUUCCUGCUUGGUCAACAUUUACAUCACGCUGGGGAAGGCAUUCCGGCCAUAUCUGCGGGAUCUCAACGGUACCCAGUUGCGUCUGGUGACUCUUUAUACCAACCGAAUUUCCCAGUUCAGAAAAGGAACUUGUGUUGAAGCUAUCAAUUAGCCAGCAGUUUGAAUGUGUGAAUUUAGGGUUUUUUAAUGUAAUUGUUUAUUUGAUUAAUUAAUUUGCAUUUUUAAUGUCUUUGGUGUUGUGUUUGAGUUUGCAAUAGAAAGGGU